CACCUACUUCCGGUCGGUGCAGUCUAGCCAUAACAACAAGGAUACACCGAUUCUCGCCAUAGUGAUUCUUUUAAUAACAAAAACAUCUACUGCUCGCUGCUACAUAGUUAUUAGUGGCCGUUUCAGGCCUGUAGAGGAGACUGGAUGGUUCCUGAAGGAGUUUGUCUCUGUCAGGAUGAACGUGGGUGUGGCACACAGUGAGGUGAACCCAAACACCCGCGUGAUGAACAGCCGAGGCAUCUGGCUGACCUACGCCCUGGGGGUCGGCGUUCUGCACAUCGUGCUGCUCAGCAUCCCCUUCUUCAGCGUCCCGGUGGUCUGGACGCUCACCAACGUCAUACACAACCUGGGCAUGUACGUGUUCAUGCAUGCRGUGAAAGGAACGCCCUUCGAGACGCCCGACCAAGGAAAAGCCCGGCUUCUGACCCACUGGGAGCAGCUGGACUACGGCGUGCAGUUCACCUCCUCCAGAAAGUUCUUCACCAUUUCUCCCAUCAUCCUAUAUUUCCUGGCCAGUUUCUACACAAAGUACGACACGACGCACUUCGUGAUCAACACGGCGUCCCUGCUGAGCGUCCUGAUCCCCAAGCUGCCCCAGCUGCACGGCGUCCGGAUUUUAGGCAUAAACAAGUAUUAAUAACAGGAGAAGCUCCGCCUCCCUGUGUGUGUACUGCCGAUUCGUGUACUAAAUCAUUCAGUCAGUGUGUCGGGUUAGCGCUAACAGGAACCAGAUCAUCGGACAUGAUGUGCAUCAGUAACUUAUGUAUUUAAUUGUGUAUUYGGGCCUGCRUGGACCUGGGCUGGCCCAGGCCGCGGUCGGGUUCUAGGWUGACUUUAAUUUGCUUUUCUCCRCCCCGUCGAUCACAGAGUGAUGYGUGUUGAGUGCUGAAGCCACUCAGAUGCCCUGAAGUAUUUCGUUUUGUUUACCUUUGGAGGCUGUCGCCCUCCGAUUGUCGGUACCGUCUUGGUUUCAUUUCAUUAAGUAGCAGAACCGCUCUCCAUCUGCAUGGCUCCCCUAAUCGGACCGGAGCGGCUCGUCUUGUUUUACAGUGUUUGUGGACCCGUGUCCUGUGUAAAGGUAUGAUUGGUUAUCUGUUUACUGAGGGAGAUUUACUGUCUGUGGGAAACACUACAGUCACCCAGCUGCUGUCUGGAGACCCGGACCGCCGGUUCUGAUCGGUUCCUCCAGAGCUGGACGUGAUUUUUUCCUGUUCCUAAUCUUUAAUAAAAUGUUUGCCCUCA